AGCACAUAUCAAUCACUCAAUAGAAUAUUCAAUAACACCGAUACUCGCAACAACUUCCAGAACAACAACAACAACAAAAACAACAACACACAGAACAUCCAGAACAGACAACGAAGCCCUUCGCCAACAAAUUGGCUAUCACCACCAUCUCCGAUGGUGCGGUCAAACUCCUCAUCGCCAGUGAUGAAGAGGAAGCAACAACAUGAUGAUGAGUCAAACCCCUUCUCCUCGCCCCUCGGAACACCUUCCCAUAGCGGUCCUUUCUCGACUGACCGAAGCUCAGAAUAUGGCAGUGACAACAAUCCAGACUCGAACAUUGCCCAUCCUAACCCGAGCCCCAACUCCAACAUGUUGCCAGAUGUAGGUGUCCAUGAUGAAGACCACGACCAUCUACCAUCACAGAGUUGCCGUCUACCGGGCUGUAUGCUGUGUACUAGGGAGCGACCGACAAUAUUAAUGAAGGUGCCUAUAUGGUCAUCGAUCAUGAAGGUUGUAUUCUACACAUUACACAGGUUGUCACCUGAACGCCAGUACUUUAAUUUAAAGAAGGAUGUCUACACAUUCAUGGAGUGCCACUGGGGCCAACUGUAUCUUAACAAGAAGAUCUCCUCUGGUAACUGGCGCAAACAAGUACAGGACAUGCUUAGUCACAACAAGGACCUAUUCACCUCGGGCUACCAAGCACUCAAUCAAAAUGGCUUCUGGUCUUUGAAGCAAUUAGAUGAUCCCUGGAGGAUAGGAGAGGAAGCAUUGGCGGCAGACAACAACAAUAAUAAUAAUAGUAAUAGUAAUACUACAUCACCAAAGAGAUUGAGAAGGACUUACAAGAAGAAGAGGAAGGAUGAUGACCAGACGCCCAACAUCAUCACAUCACCUUCACAAGCCAAGGGAAGACCAGCCAACGCCCCUACUACCUCUACCUCCACCUCAUCACCCAGAUCCUCCACAACUACUACCACUACUACAACCACUACUACAACGACAACCUCUACCAACAAACAAACCGAUGAUACACUAGAGUUCUAUAGACGACUGCUAGCAGAGUACGAUGAC